UGACAUUUACGAAACUGAACUAUCGGCAAUUGGCGAACAUCCUCCCUUUUCACGGCGGAGAUUUCAGAAAAACACAACUUCCGGCAAUUGACGAAAGUUCAGUGCCAAGGUCAGUACGGCGGAACUGGUGCUACCGAUUUUGGACGGAAGUUGUUUGUAUCGCAAAAGAGUGUAGCACAUAGAAGAUGGAACGAGCCAUAAAGAAGUAUGAAAUCAUUUUUCAGUAAUCCAGGAGUCUUCCAUGCAAUCGGUGUCAUCUUGGAAUUCUUGCAAGCUUUUGAUGCAAUAAUGGGUCGUCGAGAAUUUCAUGGCAGCUGCCUUAGGCUCUCUAUUUUUUGGUAUGAGCGGAUGGAGGGAAGUGACCUACUGUAGUAAUCCAUUCUUGUUUCCCGUCUUCUAGCGCGGUAAGAUAUUUUAACCGUGUUCUCAGUAACAUGCUGUUAGCACUUUAUAGUGGCGUGAUCAGACUUUAAUCAGUUGUAUGGCAAUGCCUUGCAAUGCUGACCGCAUUCAAACACUUUGA